AUGGCAGCAGGCGGCCGGCAGGCCGGGCCCAUGCCGGACCUCGGCCGCUAUGUGGUGUCCCGGCCCAUAUACAGCGAGACGGCCUUUCAGGAGGAGAACGAGAAGAGAGCGCACCUGCAGCCGACCCUGCGCGAGCGAGUCCAGGGAGCCUGCAGCUGUUCAAGAAAAAAGGCCUUUCAGAUAACCAAGUCCUUUCUCCCUAUCCUGGAAUGGCUACCUAAGUACAGAGUAAAGGAAUGGCUAGUUAGUGAUAUCAUCUCUGGUGUCAGUACGGGGCUUGUAGCUACUUUACAAGGUUUGGCAUUUGCUUUACUGGUUGCAGUUCCUCUUGGAUAUGGUCUCUACUCUGCGUUUUUUCCCCUCCUGACAUAUUUCUUCUUGGGAACAUCAAGGCACCUCUCAGUUGGACCUUUCCCUGUGGUCAGUUUGAUGGUGGGAUCUGUUGUGUUGAGCAUGGCACCUGAUGACAAGUUCCACAUAAUGAGCAGUAAUGCUACAGGGCUUAACAAAACGCUGAUAGACACUGUAUCCAGAGAUGCACAGAGAGUAGUGAUUGCCAGUACCCUCACAUUUCUGGUUGGAAUUAUACAGCUUGUGUUUGGAGCCCUUCAGAUCGGUUUCAUUGUGAGGUACCUUGCAGAUCCCCUGAUUGGAGGAUUCACAACUGCAGCUGCUUUUCAAGUUUUUGUUUCACAACUGAAAAUAGUCUUAAAUGUUUCAACCAAAAAUUAUAAUGGGAUCCUUUCCAUAAUAUAUACCCUCAUCGAAAUAUUUCAAAGAAUUGGUACCACCAACAUUGCAGAUCUCAUUGCUGGGCUACUCACCAUUUUUAUUUGUAUGGUAGUUAAAGAAAUAAAUGAUCGAUUCAAACACAAGAUCCCUGUUCCUAUUCCUAUAGAAGUAAUUGUGACAAUAGUAGCCACAGGGAUCUCAUACGCUGCUGACCUGGAAAAAAAGUACAAUGCAGGCAUUGUUAAAACCAUUCCUAGAGGGUUUUUGCCUCCUGAGCCUCCAGCUGUCAGUAUGUUUUCAGAAAUGAUAGCAGCCGCAUUUUCCAUUGCUGUGGUCGCUUAUGCUAUCGCUGUGUCUGUGGCAAAAGUCUAUGCAACGAAACAUGACUAUCCUAUUGAUGGAAACCAGGAAUUUAUUGCCUAUGGGAUCAGCAAUGUGUUUGCAGGAGCUUUCUCUUGUUUUGUUGCUACCACCGCUCUAUCACGUACUGCUGUCCAGGAAAGCACUGGUGGGAAAACCCAGGUUGCUAGCAUAAUCUCAGCAGGGAUUGUACUGAUUGCCAUUGUGGCUCUGGGGAAACUGCUAGAGCCCUUACAGAAGUCUGUGUUGGCAGCUGUUGUCAUUGCCAACUUGAAAGGGAUGUUCAUGCAGGUGUUUGAUGUUCCUCGUUUGUGGAGGCAGAAUAAGGCGGAUGCUAUGAUCUGGAUUUUCACAUGUGUGGCAUCCAUCAUUCUGGGUCUUGAUUUGGGAUUACUUGCUGGCCUUGUGUUCGGAUUACUGACAGUUGUGGUGAGAGUUCAGUUUCCCUCGUGGGGUGGCCUUGGGAACGUUCCUGGCACAGACCUCUACAAGAACGUCAAGGACUACAAAACUGUUGUUGAACCAGAAGGAGUGAAGAUUCUCAGAUUUUCCAGUCCUAUUUUUUAUGCUAAUAUAGAUGGAUUGAAAAGCAGCCUGAAAUCCACCGUGGGGUUUGAUGCAAUUCGCGUGCAUAACAAGAGGCUCAAAGCACUGAGGAUGAUACAGAAACUGAUCAAGAAGGGAAAAUUAAAAGCAACUAAGAAUGGCAUCAUCAGUGAUUCUGGGACUACCAAUGAAGCUUUUGAAUCUGAUGAAGAUCUUGAUGAUCCUGAAGAUCUUAAAAUUCCAACCAAAGAAGUAGAGAUCCAAGUGGACUGGAAUUCAGAACUCCCAGUCAAAGUGAAUGUCCCCAGAGUGCCUAUCCACAGUUUAAUUUUUGACUUUGGAGGUGUAUCAUUCUUGGAUGUUGUAGCCGUGAGGACAAUGAGAAUGAUAGUUAAAGAGUUCGAGAGAAUUGAUGUGACUGUAUACAUCGCAUCACAUCAAGACAACAUUAUAACAAAGCUGGAACAAUGUGGCUUCUUUGAUGAUAACAUCAGAAAAGACAUGUUCUUCCUGACUGUCCAUGAUGCUGUGCUUUACAUACAGCAUGAAAUGAUGCACAGAGACAUCCAGGAUCCUAUUUUUGAAAAGAUUUCACUGAUGCAGGAAUCUAAGGAACCAAUAGAUUUCUCAGAAACAGGCAAGCUUGAUGAUGAACUUGAUGUUCAGGAGGAGGUAUGGAGCUAUCCUUUUAAUAAAGCAUGUGUCCAUGAUGUAUGUAUAUUUAUCUUAACUAUAGCGGUAUGAGUGGUGCUGAUACAUGGGGCCAACCAAGAAAAAAUAAAAUAAAUAAAUAAAAAACAAAACACCAUAGCCUUGUGGGCUCUACAGACUUUGGCUGACUGGCUGAUCCAGGGAAAAUAUUGACAACAAAGAGUGGGUUGUGGGAUGCCCAAAGUUUGCCCUCCCUAUUCACCUAGCAGUCAAUGCUAGUGAGGGAAGUCACAAUGAAGCUUUUUUGAAGGUGUAGCAGGUGCCACAUGUAUUCAUACUUCUCCACCUCCAGCACCCACAAGAUUUUAUGCCUGCUUCUACCCUACAGAGGCUUAAUGCUUUUAUCUGAAACUGCUCUCCCCAUCCACCAAGCACCAGCCAGUUCUAAAAGCCAUAAUUUACCCCUAAUAUUUUUAAGUUACCUCAAGUAUCAAAGGGGUAGCCGUGUUAGUCUGGAUCUAUAAAAG